UUUACAAUCCAGUCGGAAACAUCAAUGGAUGGAGGGCUGCUAAUGCUAACUGUCCAGUGAAAAGACUGCAUUAACAUCAUAUUAUAAGACCAUUUUGCUGCGGAAUAACGACCGAUGGCAUCUCAGAUCCCCAUAACCGUGAAGAGCCAGCCGGCAGCUGGCAACUCUGCAGCUCAGAGAGGGAAGAAACGUCCCGGGAGUCCGGCGGUAUCUGCCGCUCCGCAGACAGUCGUCAACAGCAAGAAGAAGAAAGGACAGCCGACAGCGACACCGGCCACACAGACACAGAUAACAGCAGUUGACACUGUGGAUGAAGUGAAGGCAGUGGGAUCAACAGAUAGUGCUCCAACCACCACCACCACCACCACCAGCAUCACCACCACCACAGAGUCGACUGCAAAGCCUCCACCCUUCAAAGACCCUGCAUUUAUGCAUUCUGGGAUUGGUGGAGCAGCCGCAGGUAAGAAGAACAGGACCUGGAAGAAUCUCAAACAGAUUCUGGCAUUGGAACGUACUUUACCCUGGAAGCUUAAUGACCCAAACUACUAUAGUAUUGAUGCUCCUCCCUCCUUGAAGCCAGCUAAAAAGUACUCUGACAUCUCGGGGCUCCCUGCAAACUACACAGACCCUCAGACGAAACUACGCUUCACCUCCUCAGAGGAGUUCUCCUACAUCCGCCUCCUCCCCACUGAUGUUGUUACAGGCUAUCUGGCCCUCCGAAAGGCAACUUGCAUUGUGCCCUGACAGCUCACCAAGGGUUGAAACCUGAAACUGAACUCAUGGCAGUGCUGGAAACUGUCUGGGCUGCCAGGAGACUGUGAGAGCACAGACUGAAUUUGUAAAAACAACUGCUGGGGCCACUGAGAGAUAUUUGCACUGCUGUUUUUACGAGGGUGAUUUGAGUCCAAAUGAGACUAUGAUAAAUUAAAUGUGACAUUUAUCUCUUUUUGAUCAAGAGGAAAACUUUGUGAAUGACAUUUACAUAAUUCCUCAAGGGGACAUAAAGUGUUAUCACUGAGUUCAUUCAAAAGUCAGGAACAGGAUAUUCUCUUUUUUAUUUGUUAAAAUCAUCUUCUCAGAAUCUUUUUCUGUACUGAAUACAGGAAUUACCAGCUAGGAUGCUGAAUACCUCUUUGUGGUAGAACAGCUGUUUUCAGUGGUUUAAGAGCACAUAAAUCACUAUCAAUGGCGAUUCCAUCAGUAGGGUAGAGAAAGGAUUCACGCAAGCUUUUGGAAGGACUUUGUUUAUUUAAGGUAAACUGUCAGUUUCUAUUCUUCUAUUCUAAUCUUAUUAAAGCAAACAUCAAUUUGGUGUUAACGUUUGAUUUCAGUGUGUUUCUUUCUCACCUGACAAGGCAACGCC